UGGAGCUAUUGGAGAGAAAAAAACAAAGACAGACAAAAAGACGCAGCAAAGGUGAAUCUCGAUCACCCAUCCCACCCUGCUGCUUCCUUCCAUACUCUCCACCGCCCCUUCCUUCUCUCCGCCUCCCCCACAAAAGGUGUCAUCGUCCUCUCCCUUCCCUCACGACUCUUCACAGGACAUUCGCCGAGCAGGAAGUCAACAGUCGGUGAUCUACUUACUGAUGCAGGCUGACAACUCUAUGGGGUCGCACGACCCCUCUGAAAACACCUGGCAAGAGUACAUCAAGGAGACCUUGCUGCCCUCCAUUACAACCGCGUCUAUCAACGAGCGCACGCAGCUUCUUCACCUGCUCCUUGUUCGUGUUAAACGCAAAGACUUGCCGGUGGAGCUACUACCAGCGCUGGUCCAUAUCCUGUUCAUCUCAUACCCGCGCUAUAAUGACAGAUCAUCGCGCUUGACGGUCCUUGAGAUCCUCACGGAACUCAAUGCCUGGAACUCGGAAGAGUUCUUGAAGGUCAUGGUGCCCGCGAUGCAAAAGGAGACCGAACGACUCUCAGCCAAGAGCACGGAUGGCGUUUAUAUUACAGCAGCUGCUCAUCGCUUUGUGGUCCUGAACUGGAUCAACGUGUUGCUCAACUGCACGUUGACUGUUUCAGGAGACAGCCCAUCGCCAUAUAUCAAACCUCUUGUUGGAUCGCAGGCUGUUCUCAUUGAUGGACUGGUGGAUACGGAAAAGAAGAGCAUUGCCCACGGAGCCGUUGCAGAUGUUCGUCGUUGCAUUCGCAAGAACGCGGAUUCGAUCCCCAUGUUUCUGGAAUAUCUGACGACAGGAACGACCGCACCCACAUAUCUGAACUCUGUAUUAAUGGGCACCGUGGUGGAUGUCGCUCUUCGAUUGAGACAUAACGCUGAGGCUGGAAAGGGAUAUAUUGCUGCUCAUCGGGAUGCCAUCGUCAAAUUCUACCUUACCAACCUGAUCUCAUCAAAGCAACCCGUGCCUACACGAUGCGCUGUGGCCUUUAACGAUUUCAUUCACCACUAUGUGACCCUCGAGCUAUUCAAAACGGAUUUCUUACCAACUAUUGAGCGUCUUUGCCUUCGUGCGCCAGAAAUUGUCUUUGCCUUGCUAGUCCACCUCGUUAAGGCUCUCUCGGUUGAUCCUUCCUCCAUUUUCAGCUCUUCACUUCAGGACCCCUUAUUGAACGGAUUGCGCUCGAGUUCAGAAUCGGUCAGGACAUCGGCCAUCGCUCUUUUCAGAGAAUUCGCCCAGCGUACCAAGGAGGAGGAGCACGUUCUGAAGGUGGUAACAGAGAUGACAAAGCAGCUCACCACAGGAAAGGUGUCGUCCCCUGACCACCGUGGCAUCUUCUACGACUGCAUUGGAAGGACAGCAGCAACGAAGUCAGAGGCUGUUUCAACUAAAGCUCUUCAGGGAUUGAUCACCAUGACUGGCAAGGAGUCGAACGAGACUGCUGUUACCUUUGGUAUUGACGCCACCAUCCUGCAUCUUCAGGUUCUCCUGGCAGCUGGAAAGGACACUCCUGAGGUCGCGACAAGCAUCAAAGCUGGCGUUACUGCUCUUGCCAGCCCCCGUGCCUCCCUCCGCAAGACAUGGGCACGUGGCAUGGGUGCAUUGAUCUGGAACUCGGAAUAUUCUUCAGAAUCUGUCAAAAACGUUUCUUUGUUCAUGGCUCCUUUGAUUACCGCCUACAACAACAUUCAGAAGGCACCACUGACUUACAAGGACGGACCAUUGGAGGGCUAUGUUGCAGUGAGCGCCGCCUAUCGCCUUGCUCAGAGUGGUGAUGGCUCUGCCCGUCAACUUCUCAAGUCAGCACUCGUAGCAUCGCCAAAGCCUUCCCUUGUGUUGUUUGAUAAGGUCUACACAAAAUUGACCACGGCCGAAGAGGGCGUGUGGUUCGUACAUGCACUCGAGGCACUGGUGGCGGAGGAGACCAUCGAAGAGGACGCAAGGAUGGCUAUCGGUACAGGAUUCAUUUACUCUGCCGCAGCGUCACCAUACGCGGAUGCACGUAAGGAGGCGUUCCAUGCUCUACAGCGCAGUGCAAAGAAUGAUGCUAGGAAGAUUGGUACCAUUAUUAGGGAGGCUCUCCUACGAUGGGUCUCGCUUAUUGAGACCCCUGUAAAAGACUCUACCCCCGCCCUCGCCGCUUCUACUAUCUCCACCGACCCUCAUAUUUCUGCAUACCGUCUUUCAGAAAUUUUAUCCGCCAUCACAACACACAACGCAGAAGGCGAUCAGACCGUCAUGGCCGAGGUUGCAACUGAGCUGAUCGUGCUGUCUCACCACCAGGCCAUUGCUUCGCCCACUAAGAAGUACGACUGGAUGAGCAUGGUGCAACGCGCGAGACUGGAUCCCGGACGCCUUGUCUCAGACUACCAGAACCGUAUCGAGCAACUCGUCAUGGAUGCUGCCAGCUUGGAAUCGACUUCGCCACAGAUGUACAAGGCCGCUAUGUCUACCAUCUCAAGUCUUGUCUUUAUCGCUCCCUCAACCAUGAUUCCUAUCUUUCUGAGCCAUGUUGAGGAAGACCUGGAUGCCAAGCUGCUGGACAACAUCGGCGAACAGGAGAUCGGUAUCUGGAAGCAUCCCGAAGGUGAACUGUUUGUUGAUGUCCUCAAGGGCAUGAAGAAGCAAGGAGGAGCCGAGCGCGGUCGUCCUGCUUUUGACGAGCAAAAGUUCAACCGUGAUGUUAAGAAGGCACUCUCCUCAACAAAGAGAGCCCCUACUGCCUCUGCUGCCUCUGCUGCUGCCUCUGCAUCAAAAUUGACCAGGGAUGAACAGGCAUCUGUCGACGCACAACUCACAAAGGAGUCCAAGAUCCGCAAAUCUGUCCAGAACACCUACAACCAUUUGAUGCGCGGUUUGGCAACGAUUCGUGCACUCAUUAACGGCAACUCGGACGAGCUGACAGCUAGACUGGUGGAGCUUGUGAGACUCUUGCUGAACGGCGUUGUGAAACGCGGAGGUCCUUUGGUUGGAACCGUUGCCGUGGAUACCUACUUGGCGCUGGGUCGCUGUGUGUCGGAUCGUCUCGACUCCAUUCGUGAGCCGUUGGCAUUGGCUACGCUCCGCAGCUUGGAUGUUAAGGAAGUGCCCGAGAACUGGUUGGAGGAGCCUUUAGACGGACUUGUUUCCCGUGUCCUUUACCGUCUUCGUUUUGUCACUGAGAAGCAGCCUCUGCUUCCAUCGAGCUUUGCAUACUGCUUCCCUUUGAUCCACAACAUUCUUCAAAACGGCGGCAUUGUCAGCUCUGACAAGUCAGCUGCAGAUGCCAAGGAAGCAUCGCAGGAACAAGUACAGAUCGCUGUCGACAUUGUCUCGUUCCAUGCUCUUUCAGGAGCUUCGGACUCGCUGCCCCGGAAGGAGAUGAUCCAUUCUUUACUGUCGAUCAUUAAGGAGUAUCCUCAACUUGCCAAGAUAGCCAGGACUUCGCUUGGAGACCUGACACAUUCUAUGGGUGACACUGCUUCCUUGGACGAGAUCAACACCCUUCUUGGAGGUCUGCUCUACAACGAGACUCUGGUUCGACAAGCUGCCCUUGCCGCUCUUGAAUCCUUGGAACUGACCGUCAUUGACUUCUCGCGCGAACUUUGGACGGCCUGCUAUGACGAGGAUCCCACCAAUGCCAAGCUUGCCUUUGAACUCUGGGAAGACAACGGAAUGGAAGUUGAGCCCACGUAUGCGAAUGCCCUGCUACCCUAUGUUGUUCACCAGAAUGGCUUCGUUCGCCAGGCCGCUGCCAAGGCCAUCGCUGGUGCCGUCAAGCUGUAUCCCGACACUGUUACUGCGACUUUGAACGCCAUUUACAUUCUGUACCACGAGAAGGCCCAGCCAAUCGUUCCUCAGUAUAACGAGUACGGCCUCGUCAUCCAGGAGUCCUUGAACCGACAGGAUCCCUCUGACCAGCGCUUUGGCUUGUCAAUGGCGCUGAAGAAUAUUGCUCCCCUGAUGACAGCCAGUGACCUUCAGCCUUUUGCCGAGUUUUUGAUCCACCAGGAUGCUUUAGGUGAUCGAAGCGCAGAUGUUCGUCAGGGCAUGCUGGAUGCUGGCUUAGCUAUGAUCACUGCCCACGGCGCUGAGAACGUCCACACUCUGAUCCCCGUCUUUGAGAACUACCUCUCUGAACCUGCCCGCAACUCGGAGACCCAUGACCGUAUCCGUGAAUCCGCCGUUAUCCUGUUCGGUGCUCUUGCCCGUCACUUAGAUCCUUCCUCUCCCAAGAUUCCUUCCGCUGUGCAGAAACUGAUCGAAACACUGAGCACACCCUCGGAGCCUGUCCAGGUUGCUGUCGCCAACUGCUUGCCUGGUUUGGUGAAGUGCAUUCCCAACCAGGUCCCGGAUCUUCUCAAGUCUUUGAUGGACAAAGCUUUCCACUCCAAGAAGUACUCGGAGCGCCGUGGCGCUGCUUAUGGUCUCGCUGGUGUUAUCAAAGGUCGUGGUAUCUCUGCUCUCAAGGAAUUCUCCGUCAUGGCUUCUCUCAAGGCCGCUGUCGAUGAUAAGAAGGAUGCACAUGCGCGUGAAGGUGCCAUGAUUGCAUUCGAGACAUUGUCGCAAACUCUCGGUCGUCUCUUCGAGCCGUAUGUCAUCCAGAUCUUACCGCUUUUGCUGGUCUGCUUUGGUGACCCUGUAAUGGAUGUCCGUCAGGCGACCUCGGAUACCGCGCGUGCCAUCAUGGGCAAACUUUCGGGACACUGCGUCAAGCUGAUCAUGCCCUCGCUCCUCGCUGGUCUGGACGACCGCCAGUGGCGCACUAAGAAAGGAUCUGUCGAACUCUUGGGAUCCAUGGCCUUCUGUGCUCCCAAGCAGCUAUCGAUUUCUCUGCCGACCAUCAUUCCUCGCCUUUCGGAUGUCUUGACCGACUCUCAUACUGCUGUCCAAGAUGCCGCCCGCCUUGCUCUGACACAAUUCGGUGAAGUCAUCUCUAAUCCUGAGAUCCAGGACCUUGUCCCUAUCAUGAUGGCUGCUCUCUGUGAUCCAAACACCAAGACCCAUCCUGCUUUGACCGCUCUAUUGGGCACCUCGUUUGUCCACUAUAUUGAUUCGCCUUCUCUGGCCUUGGUCAUGCCUAUUUUGGAGCGUGGUCUCCGCGAGCGUGCUACUGAUAUCAAGAAGAAGGCCUCUCAGAUUGUCGGAAACAUGGCCUCUUUGACUGACCAGAAGGACCUCAUUCCUUACCUUCCACGUCUCUUGCCUGGAGUCAAGGAGGUUCUGAUCGAUCCUGUUCCCGAUGCGCGUGCGACCGCUGCUAAGGCCCUUGGUACAUUGGUUGAGAAACUGGGCGAAUCCAAUUUCCCCGACCUAGUCCAUGAGCUCUUGGAUACUCUCAAAUCCGAUACUUCUGGUGUCGAUCGCCAAGGAGCAGCCCAGGGUCUCUCGGAAGUUCUCGCUGGCCUUGGUUUAGAGCGCUUGGAAGGCCUGCUCCCUGAGAUCAUUGUCAACACAGAUUCACCCAAGUCUUACAUUCGCGAAGGCUUCAUUUCGUUGCUUGUAUAUCUUCCCGCUACGUUUGGUCAGCGCUUCCAGCCCUACCUAGGUCGCAUUAUCCCACCCAUCCUGAUGGGACUUGCGGACGAGUCUGAAUACGUUAGAGAGGCUUCGUUGAAGGCCGGUCAGAUGAUCAUCAACAACUAUGCCACCAAGGCUGUCGACUUGCUCCUGCCCGAGUUGGAGCGUGGUCUCUUUGAUGACAACUGGCGUAUUCGUCAGUCCUCUGUUCAACUCAUGGGCGACUUGUUGUUCCGUAUCACUGGCACCAGCAAGCAGGCUGGUGUUGAUGACGAGGGUGAGGAAGAUGAACCUGAAGAGUUCGGUCGGUCCGAUAACAUUCGCAAACAGCUGUUGGAGGUCCUUGGCCGCGAACGCAGAGACCGUGUUCUGUCAUCGCUGUACAUUGUUCGUGCCGACAACUCGGCCAUUGUUCGCCAGGCCACACUCACCGUCUGGAAGUCACUGGUCACCAAUACUCCUCGUACAUUGAGAGAGAUUCUGCCCACGAUCAUGUCGAUGAUUAUUCGCAACUUGGCCUCCACAUCGUACGAUCGCCGUAUGGUCGCAGCCCGCACCUUGGGAGACCUGGUUCGCAAGCUGGGCGAAGCAGUUCUUUCAGAGAUUAUCCCCAUUCUCGAAGCUGGUCUCGAGAGCUCCGAAAGCGAUACUCGUCAGGGUGUCUGUAUCGGUCUCUCAGAGAUCAUGGCCACUGCUGGAAAAGUUCACGUUACGGACUAUGUCGACUCAAUUAUUCCCGCUGUCCGCAAGGCACUUUUGGACGAGUCUCCCGACGUCCGAGAGGCUGCUGCUCAGGCUUUCGAUACUUUGCACCAGUGCGUCGGACCCAAGGCCAUCGACGAGAUUCUACCCUCCUUGUUGGCCAACCUUCAUACUGGCGACAAGUCCGAGUACGCUUUGGAGGGUCUCAAGGAGAUUAUGGCCGUCCGGUCGAAUGUUGUUUUCCCUGUGCUGAUUCCCACGUUGAUUGCUCAGCCAAUUACUGCUUUCAACGCUCGUGCUUUGGGGUCCCUGGUCUCUGUUGCCGGUACGGCCUUAAAUCGCCGUCUGACAAACAUUUUGGCUGCCCUUAUUCAGUCGCAGGUCAGCGAAACGGAUCCAGACACUCUCGAGGCUUUGGAGACGACUAUUUGUGCUCUGCUACAGUCGAUCGACAAUGCGGAUGGUGCUCAUACCCUGAUGAUGAUGCUGUUCGAGCUCGUCAAGUCCGAAGAUCCUUCGAAGCGCUCCUCUGGAUGCAACAUUUUGGCGACCUUCUGCGCCGAGUCGACCCAGGAUAUCUCUCGCUAUGUCUCUGACUGGAUUCGUGUCCUGAUCAACUUGCUGGAUGACCGUACUCAAUCUGUGGUCGUGAGUGCCUUAGCUGCCUUGAACGCUGUUACGCGCACUGUCCGCAAGGAUGAGCUGGAGGGUCUGGUUCAGUCCGUACGUCGCUCGGUCCGUGCUGUUGGCACUCCUGGCGUGGACUUGCCUGGUUUCUGUCUGCCCAAAGGUAUUGCUCCCCUGCUGCCUAUCUUCUUGCAGGGUCUAAUGAACGGCUCCAAUUCGAUCCGUGAAGCCUCUGCUUUGGGUAUUAGCGACCUGAUACAGCGCACAUCCGCCGACGCUCUCAAGCCCUUUGUCACGCAGAUUACCGGUCCUCUGAUUCGUAUUGUUGGUGAUCGCCAUCCUGGCGAGGUCAAGAGCGCUAUCUUGAGCACUCUCAGCCUACUUCUCCAGAAAGUCCCUGCUCAUCUGAAACCCUUCUUGCCUCAGUUGCAGCGUACGUUUAUUAAGUCGUUGACGGACCCCACGUCUACAACUGUUCGUGUUCGCGCUGCGGCUGCACUGUCGAUCCUGAUCUCGCUUCAGUCCAGAGUUGAUCCUUUGGUCACGGAGUUGGUGGCAGGUAUCAAAUCGAGCGAGCCCGGUGUCAAGGAAACUGUCAUGAGUGCCUUGGAGAACGUCGUCAGCAAGAUCGGUGCUGGCAUGAGCGACGCCGCCAAGCGCGCUGUUAUUGGCGUUGUUAUAGAGGGCAUGGAAGCCAGCAACACCGAAUCCAUGUGGUUGACCUCUGCUAAGCUGCUGGGCGCGUUCUGCAAGCACCAGAGCACAGAGGAGGCCUCUUACCUAAUCCAGACCCAGAUCUUGGGUGAUACUGUGCCUCUGAGUGCGUCGAUGCUUGCUAUGAAUUCUGUGCUUGUUGAGUCGCCUCAGCUCAUCAUUGAGACUGGUCAUGUCCAGGAGGUUGCCAACGCCGCACUGACUGCGAUCUCCAACUCCGUUGAGAGCAGUUCCACGGCGGCCGUGUUGGUGAUCGGUAAGAUGAUCACCAACGAGGCCUAUCAGGUGGACCAGGAACUGAUUGGCGAGCUAAUCAAAAAGCUGGCUUUACACUUGUCCCAGGAUAUUAACCUCGAGUCCAAGCGGUUAAUCUUGGUGUGUAUUCGCGCCGUGGCGAGACAGUCGCCAUGGCUGGUGGAGCCUCAUUUGAGCCAGCUUGUUCCACUAAUGAUGGCAUCGGUUCGGGAACGCGUCAUUCCUAUCAAAUUGGCUGCGGAGAGAGCCUUGCUGUUUACUCUGCAACUGCAGAAAGACGACUCUGUAUACCAGAAGUAUCUGGGAACGAUCGAUAUGGCGGCCAGUAAGGCGCUGACGGAUUACAACCGUCGUAUCUUGUCCAAGUUGGCGGCCAACGAGAGAGCGCGAGUGGAACAGCUGCAUGGACAGGAGGACGCAGAGGCGAUUGAAGAGGAUGCGGAGGUGUAUGCUGUUGGCGGUUUGAAUCUCGGGACGAAUGACGACGAGUAGGAGUAGGCGUCAGAAAGAUAUGGGCGUAGAUAGUUUUCGUUAAAUUUGACAAUUCAAAACGCACGUUUGGUGUAUGCUGUACUUGAUAUUAUUUUACAUGUGGCACUAUUUGGUAUAUAAUGAAGAGGAGGUGCAGGUACCGACUGCACCUAAGAAAAGCUGGCUGCAGAGAGUCCGCAAUGAUCCCAUGCCCGGGCGUUUACGUCGCCGUUCUCAAUGUCAGGAUUUCCCCACCAGUGAGGCAUCCGGCCACCCCAUGACUGGAUCCCGAAAAAUAUCACCAUGCCUGCAAGCGCGACGCCGGUGUCAAGUGCGCUGCUCGUCAGAUAGAUGUACCGCGACCACCAGCGGUAGCGGUAGCGUCUCAGCAGAUACGCAAAGAUGAAGCCGACAAAAAGGCCGUUGCUGAAGAAAUAAGGCAGUGCGGGAGGC